CCACAUUCUCCGAGCCAUCCAUUCAAGGAACACCCAGACGCUCAUUACAAACAGAAGUAAAUAAUAACAACAGAAAGUAGACACACAUGCGGCUACAAUCCUCACUACUGUCUACCUCCACACGAGCUUCUAAGCGUGCCAUUCCAUGGGCGGUUGCUUUAACUAACAGUCGUACCCUAGCUACUACUACCAAUGUGAUUCCUGGAAAAUCUUCCAAUACCGACUUCAGUCCCAGUUCUAGCGAUGUCAAAACCAAGGCGCCCUCUACCAAAGUCGCACAAAAGAAGCAACAUCUCAUUUUUGGUAAUCGAGGCCCUUCUUUGCAAGAUUUCUUGAACUCAUCCUCCAUCAAAGCACAUGAUUCCAACACGCCGAAAGCCGACGUCUCUGCAGAGAAUGUGCCAUAUCUCUCUAUGCAGGGACGCAAGCUUGGCGAAGGAGCCAAAUAUUUUGUUGAGGUCUAUGGUUGCCAAAUGAACGUCAAUGAUACUGAGAUAUUGAUGUCAAUCAUGAACAGCGCUGGAUAUGUCAAAGCGGCCGAUCAGUCCGAGGCAGAUAUUGUAUUCCUUGUCACCUGUGCUAUCCGAGAGAAUGCGGAAUCUCGUAUCUGGAACCGUCUGACAGAACUUAAACGGGUGAAAUUGCGUGCAACAAAAGAUAAAGCACCCUUAGUGGGUGUAUUAGGCUGCAUGGCGGAGCGACUUAAAGACAAAUUGUUGGACUCGGACAAAAUGGUCGAUCUGGUGUGCGGUCCUGACGCAUAUCGGUCGAUUCCUCAUCUACUUUCGAUUUCCGAGACCACACAACAGGGCGUGGCGAACGUUAUGCUCUCAGCGGACGAAACUUAUGCUGAUAUUGUUCCUGUCAGGAUAGCUCCAGAAAGCUUUUCAGCUCAUCUUUCCAUCAUGCGUGGAUGCAACAACAUGUGCUCUUUCUGUGUUGUCCCUUUUACACGGGGCAAUGAACGAAGUCGCGCAGUAGAUUCGAUUCUUCAGGAGGUGAGACAGCUCAGUGACCAAGGAAUCAAAGAGGUGACACUUCUUGGACAGAACGUCAAUUCUUAUCGUGAUACAAGCGAAGAUGGUGUGAGUAUGACUAUAGGAGUCGGAUCAGAACUCAGCAAUGCCGGUUUCAAGACCAUUUACAAGCGAAAAGAUGGUGGGAUGCGAUUUACAGAGUUGCUUGAUCGUGUGUCCUUGGUUGAUCCUGAGAUGCGUAUCCGUUUCACUUCUCCUCAUCCAAAAGAUUUCCCUGAAGCAUUGCUUCAUCUAAUGGCAUCAAGGCCCAACAUCUGCUCUCAAAUUCAUAUGCCAGCUCAAUCAGGUUCAACAGAAGUUCUGUCGAGGAUGCGCAGAGGCUAUUCACGAGAAGCUUAUCUUGAACUUGUAGACAGCAUUCGAUCUAUUGUUCCAGGCGUGGCAUUGUCGUCUGAUUUUAUUACUGGGUUUUGUGGCGAGACUGAGACUGACCAUGAAGACACAAUGGAUCUGAUGAGACGAGUUGAAUUCGAAAUGGCAUAUAUGUUUGCUUACUCCUUGCGCACUCCUACUCACGCAGCUCGUCGGCUCCAAGACGAUGUUCCUGAGGAUGUCAAACUCCGAAGACUUCAGGAUAUCAUCAAAAUUUUCCACAAGGGGGCCGAGAACCGGCUCCGCGCUAGAGUUGGGCUUUCCGCGGGAGAAUGUGUGUUGGUUGAGGGACGCAGCAAACGAGAUAAGAGUCGUUGGGUGGGUCGUGCAGAUGGAGGAUACAAGGUUGUUUUUGAUGAUGACUUGAUCUUACCUUCGAUCGAAUCAUCAUCAACUCCGGCGGCUCAAAGUAGGACAGCAGGUCGAGUACCUAUUAAGCUGGGUGAUUAUGUACAAAUAAUGACUACCAGUGCCACGAGUACAUCUUUCCAGGGUAAGGCAGUUGCUCGUACUACCUUGUCUGAGUUUAGUUGGUAUCAAGCUAAACUGUUAACAGGACAUGUGCUACCAGGAUAUCGUGUCGCAUCGACGUCAGUCGCAUCACCACUAGUUGCUAAUAUGGGUGUUGGAUCUUGAACUUGUUGAGAUACAAUCUUGAGAAAAAUAGAUUAAUCAGGGUAC